AAACUGGCUCAAGUCGGUCUUCAUCAAGUGGGGUUAUCCCAAGCUCUGACGCAAGGCAAUUUACAGACCUUGCAGAUGUCUCAUUCCAUGUCUCAGUCGAUGAGUCAAAUGUCGGAUGAUGAGCCAUCUUCGCCGGAGUCGACAACCUUCGACGGCUCGGACCUGCUGAAUUCCACGGUCGGCGAUGAAGUCACAGCACAGCUUGCGGCAGCAGGGCCAGUUGGAGUGGCUGCUGCAGCGGCUAUUGCGACUGGAAAGAAGCGGAAAAGGCCACAUUCGUUUGAAACGAACCCUUCGAUCCGAAAACGCCAACAAACUCGUCUACUGCGGAAAUUGAGAGCGACGAUUGACGAGUACACAACUCGAGUAGGACAGCAAGCUGUUGUGUUGUGCGUGUGCCCUGGAAAGCCAAAUCCGCUUUUUAAGGUGUUUGGUGCCGUUCCUUUAGAAAAUGUGGUUCGGAACCUUAAACAGCUUGUUCUUCAAGAUCUAGAGCAUGCUUUAGCAGAGCAUGCCCCUCCACCUCCCCCAGAAAAUCCAGAUAUCUACACACUACCCCCUCUUGUCAUCGAUGGCAUUCCAACUCCUGUUGACAAAAUGACCCAAGCCCAGCUCAGAGCAUUUAUUCCCAUGAUGUUGCGCUACUCCACUGGUCGCGGGAAGCCAGGCUGGGGGAAGGAUUCAACACGCCCAGCUUGGUGGCCAUCAGAUUUGCCAUGGCAGAAUGUUCGUAGUGAUUGUCGCAGUGAAGAUGAAAAAGCCAGAAUCUCCUGGACAAAUGCUCUGCGACAGAUUGUGAAGAACUGCUACAAGUUCCAUGGAAGGGAAGAUCUGUUACCAGCUUUCUCUGAGGGAGAUGCCACACAGCACCAGUAUGUACAGCAACAGCAUCAGAUGGUACAUACCAUUUCAAAUGCUGAUGGAACAGUGUCACUGAUACAAGUAGAUGCGUCAGGUGCUGUCAGCACUCUAUCAGAUGCAACCACUUCACAAACAGAAGCAACCCAGGCUGUGGCAACAUUGGCUGAAGUUGCUGCAGCAACUCAAGUAGAAGUAACUCUUCCUCAUCCAGGUCAGGGUGACGGAGUGGGAAUUGACCAAAGUGAUUUGUCACACACAGAGGCUAUUGCACAAGCAGCUGUUGCCACUCUAGCAGAAGCCACCCUUGCUGAUGGAGGGCAGAUUGUUUUGCCAGAACAUGCUGCAGCUGCAGCUGCAGCAUUGGCAAAUGUUCAGGAUAACUUGAAUACUUCUAACAUGGUCACCAUUCCAGUUCAGGCAGCAGCAUCUCUCAUGCAGAUUCAAACUCAUCAUUUACCUGCUAGUACUCAUUCUCAGUACAUCUCUGCAUCAGUUCCCCAAGUAGCAAUGGCACCUCAUUCGAUAAUUCAGACAGUGACGACCUCCACAAUGGGACAUGAAGUCCACACCCAGAUAGUUGACACAUGUGAAGGUGUCCCUGUUGCCACUCAAGCAGUAGAAGUAGUAACUCUAGAAAAUUCACAAGAUCCAAUGAACUGA